AUCCCGCGUUACUAUGAAGCAAACACACGUACGUUAGCAUAAACCAUAACGAGCUUUGUGCGCUUCUCGAUAGAAUUCCACCUCUCUCUCUGAAAUCUAGGGAUCUGGAGAUAACUAUGAAUCGCCAGCACGACGAGAACCCUUUCGAUGAAGAAGUGGUCAAUCCGUUUUCGAAUGGCACUGCUGCUCCUGGAGCCAAGUCACGUAUUUAUUCAAUCGCAAAUAAACUCAAGGGAUUUGGUCAACAUGAUGCUACUGUGGACAUACCCCUUGAUACUGUGAAUGAUGCUAAUAGCAAAGAGAGAGAACUUGCAGUUUUGGAAGCAAAUCUUAAUCAAAGGGAAAAGGAAAUUAAAAGGAGAGAAGAUGCUAUAGCUAGGGCUGGCGUUGUCCAAACGGAAGAGAAAAACUGGCCACCUUAUUUUCCCAUCAUCCAUCAUGAUAUAACUAAUGAGAUACCCAUUCAUGCUCAGAGGAUGCAAUAUCUAGCAUUUGCUAGUUGGUUAGGUAUACAUCUUUGUCUUGUCUUCAAUAUUGUUGCUGUGAUGGUUGCUUGGAUUAAAGGAGGGGGUGUAAAAAUAUUUUUCCUUGCUGUCAUCUAUGCUCUGCUUGGCUCCCCACUUUCUUACGUGCUGUGGUACAGGCCUCUCUAUCGUGCAGUGAGGACAGAUAGUUCUCUCAACUUUUGGUGGUUUUUCUUAUUCUAUGCGCUUCACAUUGCGUUUUGUAUAUUUGCUGCUGUUGCUCCACCAAUUUUCUUUAAUGGGAAAUCAUUGACGGGGAUCCUUCCAACAGUUGAUGCAUUCGGGCACUCUAUAUUGGUUGGGGUUUUCUACAUAGUUGGUUUUGCCCUAUUUUGCUUCGAGUCAAUUCUAAGCUUGGCGAUUAUUCUGAUGAUUUUUAGGUACUUCAGGGGACGUGGAUGAGCUGAUAGUUGUGAUUGAUUAUACUCCAAUUUGGAUUGGUAUAUUCUUCUGACUUCUGUUGAAUUCAAUAGUUUCUUUCUUGGAUGAGUAAUGUAAGGUUGCUGUAGGGUUCUAGCCUUCUAGGAAUUUAUCAUUUUAGCUUCUAAACAAUAAGUGCAUCGCCCAUUCGAUGGUGAUCUUGUUAUUCUACGAAAUAGCCUCAUCCAUCAAGCAAUCAUAUUCAUGGCAUAUUGAAGUGGCU